UGCUGCAGAUGGAAGGAGGAGGAGUCAUUUCCACGGUCGCUAGCGUUUACUUCCUGGAUACUGCAGGCGUUUUGUGAUGAAACUUGUAUUUGGAAAUUGGACAAGUUCGGUGCAUAUUGCUUUUACACUAGUGACGCUACCGUUCACCGUUCGUGCAAGUGGAUUCUGUAAAUCCAUCAACACCGGACUAUCAAGUGUCUGCACUUUAAGUUCUGUCUCCAUGUCGUCUGCAACACAUAUCAAAGCUCGUUGCAAAUUGUACCCCGGUUCAAACACACAGCGCUUCCCUGUUCCAGAUGAUAAAGUAAGUUGGGAGACUCCCUGGCCCGAAUACAGUCCUGUGAACUAUACCGCACCGUCUGUGCUAAAUAAACCUGCCUGGGCAGAUCCAGACAUCGGUUCUUUUUCUCCAAGGUUUAACGCUCUUGACGGGUCUGUGGAUAGGAGGAGCUAUGAAGGAGAUUACAUCAUCCAGGAUGGUCAUCCGCUUAACCCUCAAGGAAGAACUGGGCUGAAUGGACAGGGACUGCUUGGUAGGUGGGGUCCGAACCAUGCUGCAGAUCCCAUAGUUACCAGGUGGAAGCGGGACUCUACAGGCAAGCCUGUAUCUCAUGCCGUCUCAAAACGAACUGUCUUGCAGUUUGUGUCCAUUAAGAGGAAAGAUUGUGGAGAAUGGGCCAUCCCGGGGGGUAUGGUUGACCCAGGAGAGCGGGUGUCUCAGACUCUGCAGCGAGAAUUCUCAGAGGAAGCAUUGAACUCUCUCCAGGCUCCUCCAGAAGAGCGCAAACAGGUCUAUGAGCGGAUCUCAAAGCUCUUCGGAUCACCUGGGUUUCAGGUGUAUAAAGGUUAUGUUGAUGACCCAAGAAACACAGACAAUUCAUGGAUGGAAACCGUUGCUGUUAACUUUCAUGAUGAAACAGGUGACAGUGUGAGCGAGCUGCCUCUGCAAGCAGGUGACGAUGCAGGACAGGUGACCUGGUGCGACGUCGAUUCCUCUCAGCCCCUGUACGCCAGUCACUCUGAUUUUCUCCAGAGAGUAGCGGAGGAAAGAAAUGCACAUUGGUAAAUGAAGGGAAGUUACAAGUGCCUUCCGAGAUAGCGUUUAAACGCUAUAAUAAUUAUCUUUUUAAAUUGUGCUGUAGAGUAAACAUUUACUGAUUAAAGCGGGCAUGAAGUUUUCGCUUGUAGACUGGCUCUUCAUUGGGCACUGUUGCAUUCUUUUGCACUUUGCAUUGUUAAAAACCCAGUCCGAAACUGCUUUUGUUCAUGAAGUACUUAAACUACUGAAACAAACUUCAGGCAUUUCUAAUUGCGUCCAAAAUGAAUCAUUUCAGACAUGUUCUGAUAGACACAAGUUCUAAUGGUCUUCUCAGAAGUCAGACAUAAGUCUAAUAAACACCCAAAGAAGUUUCAGGCAGAACUCAUUUAAUGUAUGCUUAUUGUGGAAAGGACAGCCAAGGAACAUCUCACUAAUCAUUUGAUAUGCUUAGUAUAUAAUCUUCUAGUUAUUAUAUACUGUAUGUGUGUAUCUUAACACUAAUUAAAAAAUAAGGAGGAAUUAUUUAAGAUGUUUGAAUGAGUUUUUUUCCUUAAGUACAAAUAACCACUCAACAUCGUGUCACUGCUAUAAUAAAUACCCUGGAAGUUUCUCUAUUGUUUAAAAUCACCCUUUUAAGUUUUUUAACUAAUUUAUUCUGUUUUAUUGAAGGUUUUUAAUUCUGGCAAUGACAUGAAUUGUGUUUUAGAGUAAUGAAGGCACUAAAAUGAAUUGUGCUUGGGGUUUCUGGGACCGCUGGGAACUAAAACCUCUUUUCCACUGCAUACCAUGGCUUUGGAGUUUGUUCUUUUUUAAUGUACUGUAAUUAACAUAAUUAAUCAAUUUUGUUUUAUUUGGUAAGGAUAUUACAAACAGAUGUACACCUUACAUUCCUGCAUGUGUAUGGACCUGGGGAAAGAUUAUUAUAAUGAACAACUUGUUCUAACUUGAUAAAUGAUCAACAAUGUAUUUAACACCAAUGAAAAGCAAUGGAACAAAAACAA